CAUGCUACAUAAUUUAAUGAAAACAUUAAAAUUAAUUUACUUUUUUUUUCUAUUCAGUACAUUUUUCUUAUACUUACAUUCAAACAGUGAUCCAGCAAUCCUUGCAUAUUUACGUCCUUCCAACUUGCCCAUCCUCUAAAGUUCAAGUAGCUGGUAUGAGUGACUCACUCAUCCACCCUUUUGAGAAUAUAAUAAUAGAAAUUCUUUAAAGCUUUGUGUUUUCAGCACAACAGCAUUCCGAUAUGAUCUAAGAAUCACAGAGACACCCUCUGGUCCCAGGAGGACUGGGGAACAGGUUUGGCUAGAAAAAAAGUUUUCCUCAUGUGAUGGGCACCCUACCAAUCACACAGCAUGAUUCUCAAGCAACCUGGGCUCUUUAAAAAGCAGCAGAGAUGUGAGAAAGGGGCCUUUUCAGCUUUGCAGCUUCUUUGAAGAAUUGUGAAGUCAGUGGCCCCAGCAAAAGAGAGGCACAAGUCCAAGUUGCAUGAAGAAUUAAAGAUGGCAAAAAAUGAUGAUUGUGUACACAUCUUGCAGGGUCUGUUAGUCUUUGGGAAUGUGGUCACUGGGAUGUGCGGCAUUGCCCUGACAGCAGAGUGUAUCUACUUUGUGUCUAAUCCCCAUGAUCUCUACCCUCUGCUGAAAGCCACAGAAAACAGUGACAUCUACACUUCUGCCUGGAUUGGCAUCUUUGUCGGCCUUGCACUCUUUGCCCUGUCUAUCCUUGGUAUCAUUGGAGUCAUUAAGGCCAGCAGGACCUUGCUGCUGGUGUACGUCAUUCUGAUGCUAAUCACUUUUGCAUUUGAAAUGGCUUCUUGCAUCACAGCAGCAACUCACCAAGACUCUCUCACUCCAGGGCUUUUCCUGAAGCAAAUGCUGGAGAGAUAUCAGAAAUCAGAGCCAGCCAAUAACAGUGACAAUGUGGUCACAAAGACAUGGGAUGAACUCAUGCUUCAGAACCACUGCUGUGGGGUGCUGGGCCCCUCUGACUGGCAGGAGUACACGUCUGCCUUCCGCGGCACGCACAGUGAUGCUGACUACCCCUGGCCACGGAUGUGCUGCGUCCUGGAUGCAAAAGGCCUUCCCAUCAACCUCGAUGGCUGCAAACUUGGAGUGUCUGGCUACUAUAACAGCAAUGGUUGUUAUGACACUAUUUCUGGGCCAGUGAACACACAUGCCUGGGGUGUUGCCUGGUUUGGCUUUGCCAUCCUCUGCUGGACUUUCUGCGUCCUCCUUGGCACCAUGUUCUACUGGAGUAGAAUUGAAUAUUGAAGGCCUGGCAUCCUCAGUUUUGUUCUGAAGAGCCGUGUGAAACUGCAUUUGUUUGUCUCCUGGUUCAUUCUCCACGGGCCAUGGAGGAUUUGAAGUUUUCCCGCUACCUCUCCAUAUAUACUUUUGCCCCUCCAAAAACUUGACACAAAAAACUGAUGACUGCAGGAAAGAAUCUUGUCCCUGCUUUGCCCCUUGUUCUGCAGCGUUAAUGCCUCCUGGCUGAAGCACAAUCCUUCUUUCACUGUGCAAGAAAUCAUGGAGCAUAAGAUGAGAAAAAAAGUGGUCUGAUUUGUUCUCUGAUGACAUCAGAAAAGAAAAUGUCCAUAUACACUUUCUCCAGAAAAAUGUCUCUCUAAAAUUAGUUUGAAUUAUAAUGCUCCAGCAAGGGCUAUGUGAGCAAAAUUGUAACCUCCUGUGACCAAUAAGGACGGAUGUUGUGAGGGAGAAGACUGCAGAUCUAUACAUUAUAUUUUACUAUUCAACUUCUCUUGCUGGUCACUGUCACCCUGGCCUUAGAAUAAGGCAGAUUCUCUGAGCAUUUAAGUGUGUCAGCAAUAAAAACUUGCCACAGAUAAAAA